CUUUCCAAACAUUUGAUAUCAUCCUGACCCAUAUCAUCUUGACUGACACCAACCAUCCUGGGCUAUCCCUUUCUGAGCUAUACCACCCUGAUACUAUCCUUUCUGAGUGAUAUUGUCCCCAUUCAUAUCAUACCCACUGAUACCAUACCCACUGACCAUCAUGGCCGAGACAACCGAGAAGCUGGGUUACUGGGCGCACUGCCUGGGCCAGAUAUUCCCUUCACACGAGGGCUUUGACGUAAGUAUCGAGAGCCCCAGGCCUACCCCUAGCGAGUGGGAAGUGUGGUCCCCCUACCAGAAACUCAUGAUCUCGCACCAACGGGGACCCUUCCUUGUGUUCAUGGUGGCCAACCCGGGCUCCUGGCAAGAACUAGAACAUAGCCUCUUCCAACAAAUGAUGGCCCUGGGGGAGACCCCUUGGAGUAGGCGCCGCGGCGUCAUCGCGAACGGAGUUCUCGUUCGAUUCUACCACUUUCAGGAUCCCAGGUCCCUGAUUCUUCGAGCAAUAGGUGAUCCAUCGAACAAUUAUUUCGAAGAUGCAAAGGACAAGGCAGACAUCGAGAAGCGAUUGACAUUCUACAAGUUGGCAGCUCAAAGAGAGUGGCUUAGCCAGAACACGUCAUCGCCGUGAUGCCUAUGUUUCCUCCAACUUCUCCGAUACGUUCUGGAUAGUUGUGCUAUGUGACUAUCUUAGAUUACUAUAUAAAUGUGAACAAGAACACAUUUUCAGUCAACGUCUUCUUUCCAUCUGUAAAUGCGACGCAAAAGUAUUCCAAAUGAGAUAGGCCAGACGUAAGGUGCUCAGUGUUUGAUA